CCCCCCACGUUGGGCGCCACAUCACCCCGUUGACCCAUAUGUUCACGAGGGUGCACGGUCGCCCGUCGGUCGCAUGAAGGAUGUGCCUGUGCGCCUGCUUGGGCUACAAGGCUGAGCUGUUGUUGUCGGGAUGCUGUGAUGUCCUUUUCCCGGCCCUCGCCGGUGGGUUGCAGUUGCGUUGCCUGGCUGCAGUGUGUGACCAUGCCAAUGACGUCGAUGUGUGAUGGUGCCGAAGCCGGUGCAAGUUUGUCCGUUUCCCGUGUCGUCACCGUCACGUCGUGACUGUGCACCGUGCACCACCGAACCGACAGACAGGCCAAGUGUGUAGAAACGGCUGGUGCUGGUGGCUCGUGGUCUUGAUUCGACUUUGUGGCUCUGUACUGAGUGCGGGCGGCGUGAAUGUUGCGCGGCGCCUCUUAGUCACAUUUUGGCUGUAGCAAGUGAUGGUGGCUUCUGAGUCCGAGUCUCGAGCUCAAGCUAGUCUAGAUAAGAUACAAGAUCUUAGAGUGCGGUCGAGUACGUCUUGAGUAGGGGGCGAACUUCUCAAACUCUGUGAACUCAUCUGCAUCGCCUGUUCUUUGGAUUGGAUUCUAUGGAACUUCCGUAAAUAUUGUUUCUAGUGUCGGAACUUUGUUUGUAUCUCGUUUUGUUUAUAGUCUAUGAAAAAUCAGUUGGAAUUCAGAAUCUUUUUUAACAAAAUUCACUACACACGGCUCGACUGUUUUACCGCGACAUAUGUGAAUUGUGGAGACAAGUGUUCGCGAUAAUGAUGAUUGAUUUGAAAUUCUUAAGGUGAAUCAUAAUUUGGAAAUUGAUAGUGUGAUGAAUAGUUGGGUGGAAUUUAUUUGAUUAAAGUUGAUAGUGUACUUGAUUAUUGAUUGUGCUUUGACGACUCAACUUAUGAUAUCUAGUUAUCUCAGUACCCGCCCCUUGUACUUGAUCUCAGUGCGGUUUUUGUUCUGUUUCCGUAUCUGGAGUAGUUCAUUGUUUCGGAUUAUCUAUUAAGGCCACAUCUGGCGUCUGAAUCGGCUGCAACACCUACAGAAUGGCAGCGGAAAAUCCUUUUGCGAAGUUAAGUGCAUCUGAUUUGUCAGCGAUUAUACUCAAAGGAGCUCAAAUGACAACGGAUCGUGAUACUGGAUUUUGUUCAGGCAGUUCUGAAACUGGUGACGAACUUUCUCCAAUGGACCAUUCACGCCUUGAACCCCACAGCCCCACGGAUGCGUCAGAGGAUUCCGUUGAAGUAAAAGUAACUCCAAUAACUUUAACCCGCAACAAACGCAAAAGUACCGAGCCUUCACGUGUGAUAUGCGAACAAGAAACAGGACCUUUAAAAAAGAGAAUUCGCUAUGUGCCUGGCCAAUGUAAGGAAGAGACUGAUACAAGAAAUCCCUUCAGGCCAUGGGAUCAACAAAUGCCACAUGAGGUAAUGCCAAAUCCUGCAGAAGUACUCAUCAGGCAUCCAGGCGUGACAACCCUCCAUAGGACACCAUAUGACGAUGUGGAAAGUACUCAAGAUGAACCUCUAGCGCUAGUUGCCAAGAAGCCUUCAAGUAGUCUUCCAGCCCCACACAACGCAACCACUAGCCAUAUUGGCCUAAAUGAGGAAACUAACAAUAAUCUCAGCAACUUGCAACAUGGUGAUAAGUCGAUGAAGUUUCAAAAUACAGCGAGUUGUAGCAGCACGUCCUUGAUGGCAUCAAUGUCACUUCGGGCUGGAACUAGCAGUAGUAGCAGUAGCGUAGGAAGCCAGCGACCUCAGCAACGGAACUACAAAAAUAUGACCCGCGAGAGACGGAUUGAGGCGAAUGCUCGAGAAAGAACUCGAGUCCAUACCAUCUCCGCGGCCUACGAUACUCUACGGAAAUCCAUCCCAUCGUAUUCGAAUACACAGAAACUGUCCAAAUUGUCAGUUUUAAGGGUAGCCUGUUCCUAUAUUCUUACUCUGAGUCGGAUGGCUGGGUUCGACUACAGUGCGGAUCAGAGUUCACCCUCUGUGGCGGAGUGUAUGGACAUGGUGACGAAGACUAUCCAAACCGAGGGAAAAAUUAGGAAGAAAAAGGAUGAAUAAUGUUUCCUUCCGAUAAAGUUCGAAAAUCAAAAAUGAAUUUUAGUUUGUGAAUUACUGAGGGUCUACUUCUGAAACUGGAUCAGAAUCACGUUCGUCCUGAAGCAACUUGACUGCAACACCGAUGCUGAUGAGGACGGACUCGAGCAACAUCGCUCAGGAGCAUGAAAACUAAAAUAAGAAAAAAAGCGAAAAGACUACGAUUUUGAUCCGCCCAAAGAUUCCUUUUAUAUAUUUUACAAUUCAAGAAGGUGCUUUAGUUUUUAUGUAUUUCUUGGAAAUUGCAAGGACUGUUACUAUCUAGAUACAUCCAGGAAACUGAACACACUUUGUCGGAACUAUUGUUCCCGGAUGUACAAUACAAGAAAAACUUACGAACUAAGUUUGUUACGAUUUUUUCGCAAAAGUCUGGUACAAGUGAUUAUUAGGAUACAGUAAGGAUUUUUAAGUUGUUUUAUCUCUAAUUUAUUGAAACUGUAAAAAUUUCCGUUUGUAAGGUGUUUUGUUUUCCCUUCAUUUGUUUCCAUUGAGUUGUUUUGUUUCGGAUAUCGUUCGCACGAACAUUGAACACUUUCAACUAGAGCGUCCGCCAAUUAACAUAUUUAUUUAUCUUUAAUCUUUUUACUUGGACAACAAGUUCAAUUACAAAUAAAUAAAAUAAAAACCGGUUGACAUGUUGGAAUAUUGAGAAAACUAGUACAAACUAAAAUUAAGUCAUAAUGAAAAUGUCUCCGUUUUUACAACUACUCGUAAAUGAAUUUUAAAAAUGUCAUCGAAAAGAAAUCAAUGAAAGUAUUUUUGCCAUAAUAAAUGAUUAAUGAGAAAACAGGAACAUGAAGGAUAACACUAUUGUGAAGAUAUGAACAUUUACCACGCCCAACUCGAUAAAAAUUCAAUGACAAUAAUAAGGAAAUACAAUCUAUUUUUCUUAUUAGUGUUUUCUUCGGAUUCUUUGAUUCGCCGUAAAUGACAAUAAAAAGUAAAAAAGUAUUUUUUAUUAUAAAAUUAUUGAAUUAUUGCUCAAAUAAUGUUAUUCAACACAAAUGCCACUAUUGUAUUUAUAACGUCAAUAUUUUCAAUAGAAAUUAUUAGAAAGCAAAUAAAGAUAAUUUUUCAAGGUAGAACGAAUCUCAAAUUUGUAAAAAGUGCCAUACAGAGGGAAAUACGCUAUGAGAACAAAAAUUCAAACAAAAUGUGGUGGAAAACAUACAUAUAAGUGCGUUUUUACUGUAAAUAAAA